CUAGAGAGUCUUGACUUCUUUGGACGCAAGGAGAAAGUCCCUGUGGGGUCUGCCGAGGAAGGCUGGGGGCUCGCAGGGGCUGGAGAGAAGAUAAAAGAUGGCGAGCAGCAAAAGGUGGAUGGAGCAGGGAAAAAGGACAGAGAGGUGGCAGGAAAGAGGAAAAGAACUGCAGAAAGCAGUGAAAGGAAAAGAAAAAAGACCCGAGAAGCAGUGUCAGUGCCAGAGUUGUCAGAAAGUAAUGGAAUAAGGUGGAUGUCCUCUCUGGAAGCAAAAUUUGAAGAUGCAAAAACCAAAAAACCUACUGCAGAAAAACUUGAAUGCUUGAGAAGAGCGAAGGUAAACCACUUCAGAAAUCAACACAAGAUUAGUGUUCAAGGAGCAGAUCUUCCUGACCCAAUCGCCACAUUUGAUCAACUUCAGAAGGAAUACAAAAUCCAUCCUAAAAUCAUGGAGAACAUUCGAGCUGCUGGCUUCCAGGUCCCAACACCAAUCCAGAUGCAGGCUAUUCCUGUCAUGCUUCAUGGUCGGGAACUUCUAGCUUCAGCUCCUACUGGGUCUGGAAAAACACUGGCGUUUUGUAUUCCCCUCUUAACACAUCUGAAACAACCUAAGAACAAAGGAUUCAGAGCUCUGAUCAUAUCACCUACCCGAGAACUUGCUAGCCAGACACAUAGGGAGCUGGUGAAGUUGGCUGAGGGGACAGGCUUCAGAAUACACAUGAUCCACAAGGCAACUGAAGCAGCAAAGAAGUUUGGGCCCAAGUCUUCUAAGAAAUUUGAUAUACUAGUUACUACUCCAAACAGACUCAUUUAUUUGCUGAAACAAGAUCCUCCAGCCAUAGACUUGACCAGCGUGGAGUGGCUGGUGGUGGAUGAGUCGGACAAACUGUUUGAGGAUGGGAAGUCGGGGUUCCGUGAUCAACUGGCCUCCAUUUUCCUGGCAUGCACGUCCCACGUGGUGAGAAGAGCCUUGUUCAGCGCAACCUUUGCGCAUGAUGUAGAGGAGUGGUGUAAACUCAACCUUGACAGUGUUGUGCUGGUGUCUGUUGGAGCAAGAAACUCUGCAGCAGAGACAGUAGAACAAGAACUGCUGUUUGUUGGAUCUGAGACGGGAAAACUAACGGCAAUGAGAGAGCUUGUUCAAAAGGGUUUUGCUCCUCCAGUCCUUGUUUUUGUACAGUCUAUUGAGAGGGCUAAGGAGCUUUUCCAUGAACUUAUUUAUGAAGGCAUCAAUGUGGAUGUCAUCCAUGCAGACAAAACUCAGCAACAGAGAGAUAACGUAGUACACAGUUUCAGAGCUGGGAAGAUCUGGGUGCUCAUCUGCUCAGCCUUACUAGCUCGAGGUAUUGACUUCAAAGGAGUGAAUAUGGUCAUUAAUUAUGAUUUGCCAACGAGUGCAGUGGAAUACAUCCACAGAAUAGGUCGUACCGGAAGAGCAGGGCACCGGGGCAAAGCAGUCACUUUCUUCACAGAAGAUGAUAAACCUUUAUUACGGAGUAUUGCCAGUGUUAUUCAGCGAGCUGGCUGCCCUGUGCCAGACUACAUAAAACACUUCCCCAAACUGCAAAGCAAACAAAAGAAGAAGUUCAUUAAGAAACCAUUGACAAGAGAAUCCAUUUGUACCACCCCUCAGUGCUUCUUAAAAAAAGCCAAAAGAAAAACGAAAACUACAAAGGAAAAUAUAAAGGAAAAAAAGAAGGUUAAAGAAGAUAAAAGGGGCAGUAAAUGA